UUUCUCUUCUUUACACACUAUUUGUUUUGCCUCAACUAUGGUUAACCUCUUGAAACUUAAAAAUUGUCAAAACAAAUGAAUUUUGCAAUAACAUAAAAAUUUUCAAAAUACAAAAUGGGAUUUUUGACGGUUUUAAAGAAAAUGAAACAAAAAGAAAAAGAAAUGCGCAUACUUAUGCUAGGAUUGGAUAAUGCUGGAAAAACGACUAUUUUGAAACGUUUUAACGGCGAAAAAAUUGAUACGAUUUCACCUACUUUGGGGUUCAACAUUAAGACAUUAGAACAUAGGGGAUACACAUUGAAUAUUUGGGAUGUCGGUGGUCAAAAAUCAAUAAGAUCAUACUGGAGAAAUUAUUUCGAAUGCACAGAUGGUUUAAUAUGGGUUGUUGAUAGUGCUGACAGACAUAGAUUAGAAGAUUGUAGAGUUGAAUUACAUCAACUUCUUCAAGAAGAACGUUUAAGUGGAGCUACACUUUUAGUAUUUGCAAACAAAUUAGAUCUUCCUGGUGCAUUAUCAGCAGAAGAAUUAAGAGAUGUAUGA